AUGAACGAGAACGAUGAGAAUGGUCCGUCAGCGCGUGUGACGCGAGCCAAGGCCGCCGCCCUCACCACCGAUGUCUCUGUCCCUGCAGCCAAGAAGACCCUACAGACCAAGCGAACUACGACCGCGUCCACUGGAGCCCAACGUCCCCGAGCUGCUUUGGGUGAUGUCAGCAAUGUCAACAAGACUGAUAGUGCUGAGACGAAGGCUGGAAAGAAGCCGGUCGCUGCCAAGGCUGGUCUAACAUCAAAGGCGACCGUCCAAGCUGGAGCCCCGCGACUCGAACAAGAAGCCCGCUGCCAAGCGCCCUCACUCAAGGACACAUCGCUGCAGGCCGAGGAGCCUCCUCGCAAGAAGACGGAGCUCGAGCGCAAGACUCGCACGAUCGAGAAGAUUGCUGAGGAACCAGCUGUGAAGGAAGCAGCUGUUAAGGAAGCAGAGGUCAACGUCAAGGAGGCUUUGAAUGACGCUGUGCAGGACCUGGACACUGAGGACUUGGAUGACCCCCUGAUGGCCGCCGAAUAUGUGGUUGAAAUCUUCGAGUAUCUCAAGGACCUGGAGCUCGUGACGAUGCCUAACCCUGAUUAUAUCGACCAUCAGCCUGACCUUGAAUGGAAGAUGCGUGGCAUUCUUGUCGACUGGCUGAUCGAGGUGCACACCCGUUUCCGUCUCCUUCCUGAGACCUUGUUCCUCGCUGUGAACAUCAUUGAUCGCUUCCUGUCUGCUGAAGUUGUCGCCCUCGACCGUCUUCAGCUCGUCGGUGUCACCGCCAUGUUCAUUGCCUCCAAGUAUGAGGAGGUUCUCUCUCCUCACGUUGCCAACUUCAGCCAUGUGGCUGAUGAGACCUUCUCGGACAAGGAGAUUCUCGAUGCUGAGCGUCACGUUCUCGCAACUCUCGAAUACAACAUGAGCUUCCCCAACCCUAUGAACUUCCUGCGACGCAUCUCCAAGGCCGAUAACUAUGACAUCCAAACCCGCACGCUGGGCAAGUAUUUGAUGGAGAUCAGUCUCCUUGAUCACCGCUUCAUGUGCUACCCUCAGAGCCACAUUUCUGCUGCUGCCAUGUACCUUGCACGCCUCAUUCUCGAGCGCGGACCCUGGGAUGCCACUCUCGCUCACUACUCUGGUUACACUGAAGCGGAGAUCGAUCCCGUCUUCCAGUUAAUGGUUGAUUAUCUCCACCGCCCCGUUUCUCACGAAGCCUUCUUCAAGAAAUAUGCUAGCAAGAAGUUCCUGAAGGCUUCAAUCUUAACUCGCCAAUGGGCCAAGAAGUAUCACCACCUGUACGUUGACAGCUCUGAUCAGGGCACUUAUGUCAAGGACGGACAGUAA